UCUCAUUCUUUAUUUGUAUGUUCCCAGCAGAAAGAGCUCACGUCAAAGAAAAGAGAUGAGUUUGAAGAUAUCUUGGAGGAAAGACGAUUGUCCAGCGACUUGAGAUACGCGAUGAAAUGUUAUACUCCUGUGAUCUACAAGGGGCUUUCACCUUGCAAGCCAAAUGCUAUUAAAAGUGCUGUUCUCCAGUCAGAGCAAGUUCAAUAUGUUAUCAAGCAGUUAGCAAAAGAGAUGGGAGAAUCACCUGAUAUUAUUCAAGAAGAAGCCAUGGAAAUCCUGGAUGAGAUGGGCCACAGUAUGCAAUUAGGAGCUGUCAGAUUUUUUGCCUUUACUCUGAGCAAAAUAUUUAAACGACUUUUCCAGAGGGUUUGUGUGAAUGAAGAAGGAAUGCAGAGAUUGCAACAUGCUAUUCAGGAGCAUCCGGUUGUACUGCUGCCCAGUCACCGAAGCUACGUAGACUUUUUGAUGCUGUCUUAUUUGCUAUAUACGUAUGACUUGGCUUUGCCUGUCAUUGCUGCAGGAAUAGAUUUCCUAGGAAUGAAAAUAGUCGGUGAACUGCUACGAAGGGCAGGUGCCUUUUUCAUGCGACGUUCCUUUGGUGGGAACAGACUCUACUGGGCAGUGUUUGCUGAAUAUGUAAAAACGAUGUUAAGGAGUGGCUAUGCCCCAAUUGAAUUUUUUCUUGAAGGGACUAGAAGCCGCACCGCCAAGACUCUGACUCCAAAGUUUGGUCUUCUCAGCAUUGUGAUGGAACCAUUUUUCAAAAGAGAAGUCUUUGACACGUACCUCGUUCCCAUCAGCAUCAGCUACGAGAGGAUAUUAGAAGAAUCUCUCUAUGCAUAUGAACUCCUAGGAGUCCCAAAGCCCAAAGAAUCUACAUCUGGGCUGUUAAAAGCCAGAAGAAUUCUCAGUGACAAUUUUGGUACCAUACAUAUCUACGUUGGCCAGCCGGUAUCACUUAGAACCUUGGCAGCUGGGAGAAUCAAUCGGUGCCCAUACAAUUUGGUUCCCAGGCACCUUCCCCAAAAGCCAUCUGAGGAUAUCCAAGAAUUUGUCAGUGAUGUAGCUUAUAAAAUGGAGCUCCUGCAAAUCGAAAACAUGGUUUUGAGCCCGUGGGUGCUGGUUGCCGCUGUCCUGCUCCAGAAUUUGCCAGCCAUGGAUUUUGAACUUCUAAUAGAAAAGACCCUGUGGCUUAAAGGCUUAACACAGACUUUUGGAGGAUUCAUUGAGUGGCCUGAUAACCUGUGUGCCAAAAAAGCAGUUGUGUCUGGCCUCACCCUGCAUUCCAACAUUGCUCGCCUUGUUGAUGGCCACGUGGUCCUAAAUGACAACGGAGUGGAAGAUGGAGCCGUAGGGGAAAUUGUCUUUAAGCGAGCUCUGGCCAUCCUCAUGUGUGCCACCUACAGAAACCAACUGCUGAACGUGUUUGUGCGUCCAUCUCUGGUGGCAGUUGCCUUGCAGAUGACACGCAGCUUCAGAAAAGAGGAAGUCUAUAGCUGCUUCAGCUUUUUGAGAGAUGUUUUUUCAGAUGAGUUCAUCUUCUUUCCUGGCAUUUCAUUGAAGGAUUUUGAGGAAGGAUGCUUUCUACUCACAAAAUGUGAUGCCAUUCACACAACUCAACAGGAAAUCUACCCUACUGACAAAGGAAGUGUUAUAGUAUCUUUCUUGUCAGCUAUGUUCAGACCUUUUGUAGAAGGUUAUCAGUUAAUUUUCAGAUACCUCUCAAAGGAAACAAAAGAAGCCUUUACUGAGAAGCAGUUCGUACCCGCAGUCCGCAACUUUGUUUUUCAACUUCUGGAGAAGGGGAAUACGCAGUGUUAUGAAGCGCUGUCUUCUGACAUGCAGAAAAAUGCCUUAGCAGCUCUUGUGCAACUGGGUGCAGUGAAGAAGAAGAAAAUGUCGAAUGGAUUCACUUACAGUGUAAAUCAAGAGGCUGUUAGUAAAAUCCUGGACAUGUUUGAUGCCAGGAUACCUGUACAGAAACCCAUGGCUGCACGACUCUGAGGGUUUCCUCACGCUGUGACUGGACGUGAGGAGGCCACAGGUGUUCUUCAGCUCUCCCAGUACCACUUAAAAACUGUAUUUGUAUCCUCA